ACCACUUUUUCCUCUUCCAACCGAAAAAAUAGUGAAAUUCAUGAAUCCACAUGCAUUCUAUUGCAUUGCAGCUUCUUCUUCGUUUCUUCCCCGAAUUCUUUUCGCAAUUGCGGUCUCUGGUUUUCAUUUCGCAUGAUAACAGAGCUUCAAAUCGCGUUUUGUGUGUUUUUAUCUGAAACGUGGAUUUGGAGAAUUUUGAUGAGAGGUCACAAGAGAAGGAAGCAGCACAUGCAUCUAUGAAGAAGACUGGGGUACGCAGGUCGCCACCGCACUACCUCAUGCAAUUGUCGCUUGUCGACAUUGUUGUGCUUCUUCUUCAUGCGGUUUGUCCACGAUUUUCUCAGAUGGAAUGGCAGAUCCUGCUAGCUAUGGGAAUCACGAGCGUGAUAUUGAGCAAGCACUCAUCGCUUUGAAAAAAGGAACUCAAUUAAUCAAGUAUAGCCGAAAAGGAAGGCCCAAGCUCUGCCCAUUCAGAAUCUCUACUGACGAAACCAAGCUGAUCUGGUAUUCACAUGGGGAAGAAAGAACCUUGAAGCUAUCUAGCAUCUCACGAAUUAUCCCAGGACAAAGAACUGCUGUAUUCAGAAGGUAUUUGAGGCCUGAAAAAGAUUACUUAUCUUUUUCAUUGUUGUAUAGAAACGGGGAGCGGUCACUUGAUUUGAUCUGCAAGGACAAAAGUGAAGCUGAAGUCUGGCUUGUUGGCCUUAAGAAUUUAAUUUCUUCAAGACCACAUCAUGGACGUUCUAGGUGUGAAUUUCCAGAUGUUCAGGAUGCUAGCAACUUCUGUCAAAGUAAUCGACCUUUAGGUGCAACUUUAGGAUUUAGUAACAGCAUAGCUCGUGGAAGGGAUUCUAUUGAUUUAAAUUCUCGUGAGUCUCCAUUGCAUCUGGUAAGUUCAGAUGUGGGUUUGGAACGUGCAAAUAUGCAACUAAGACCAAGUGGAGGAGAUGGUUUCCGCAGCAGUGUAUCAAGCACUCCUAGUUGUUCAAGUGGAGGAUCUGGACCAGAUGAUAUAGAGUCAUUAGGUGACGUUUACGUAUGGGGAGAGAUUUGGUCUGAUUUAGUUUUACCAGAUGGAAGUUCAAGUCCAAUGCCAGUUAAAAAUGAUGUGCUCACUCCAAAGCCAUUGGAGACGAACGUUGUUCUUGAUGUUCAUCAGAUUGCUUGCGGUGUCCGACACAUUGCUCUUGUAACGAGGCAAGGCGAGGUUUUCACAUGGGGUGAAGAAUGUGGGGGACGUCUCGGUCAUGGAGUUGAUAGAGAUCUUAGUCACCCCCAUCUUGUUGAGUUUUUAGCAGUUAGCAAUGUAGACUUUAUAGCCUGUGGCGAGUACCAUACAUGUGCCGUAACCUCUUCAAAUGAUUUAUUCACUUGGGGUGAUGGUAUCUUUAAUUCUGGAAUUCUUGGUCAUGGCACUGAUGUUAGUCACUGGAUACCAAAAAGAGUUGUCGGUCCACUGGAAGGGCUUCAAGUUUUAUCUGUUGCAUGUGGCACGUGGCAUUCAGCACUGGCAACUUCAAAUGGAAAACUAUACACAUUUGGUGAUGGAACAUAUGGUGUAUUAGGCCAUGGCGAUAGGGAGAGCGUGGCAUAUCCAAGAGAGGUGCAACUAUUGAGUGGACGUAGGACCAUAAAAGUUGCUUGUGGAGUCUGGCAUACUGCUGCUAUUGUUGAGGUUAUGGGUCAGACUGGUUCAAAUGUGUCAUCUAGGAAGUUGUUCACUUGGGGUGAUGGUGAUAAAUAUCGAUUGGGUCAUGGAAACAAGGAAACUUAUCUGCUUCCUACUUGCGUUCCUUCGCUUAUGGAUUACAAUUUCCACCAGUUAGCUUGUGGACACUACAUGACUGUGGCUCUUACCACAUCAGGUCACGUGUUUACCAUGGGUGGGACUGCAUAUGGUCAGCUAGGCAAUCCAAGUGCAGAUGGAGUUAUUCCUUGCUUAGUGCAGGAUAGAUUAGUUGGUGAAUUUGUUGAAGAAAUUUCCUGCGGUGCAUAUCACACAAUUGCUCUCACAUCAAGAAAUGAAGUAUUUUCUUGGGGUAGGGGUUCCAAUGGAAGAUUAGGACAUGGAGAUGUAGAGGACAGGAAGUCCCCCGCACUCGUGGAAGCUUUGAAGGACAGGCAUGUUAAAAGCAUAUCUUGUGGGUCAAAUUUCACUUCAAGUAUAUGUAUUCAUAAGUGGGUUAGUGGAGCAGAUCAGUCAGUUUGCACUGGUUGCCGUCAAGCAUUUGGUUUCACAAGGAAGAGGCACAAUUGCUAUAACUGUGGGCUGGUGCAUUGUCAUUCAUGCAGCUCCAAGAAAGCUUUGAAAGCAGCAUUGGCACCUACCCCAGGCAAACCACAUCGCGUUUGUGAUUCAUGUCAUGCAAAACUUAAAGCUGCUGAGGCUGGCAUCAAUUUGGCUGUAAAUAGAAAAUUGACGGCCAAUCGUCGUUCAACAGAUUACAAGGAAAAAUUUGAUCGAGUGGAGGUGAGACCCUCUCGCAUCCUAUUGUCUCCCACCACAGAACCUGUUAAAUAUCAUGAGAUUAAAUCAGUAAGACCAGGGAGUAGACCAACUUCUCCUUCUAUGGUCAGAGCUUCUCAGGUGCCAUCUCUUCAGCAACUGAAAGACAUUGCAUUUCCAAGCUCGUUGAGUGCUAUUCAAAAUGCUUUGAGGCCUGCAGUUGCUGCAGCACCGCAUUCACCACCAAUGGGCAACUCAAGACCUGCAUCACCAUAUUCAAGGAGGCCAAGCCCACCACGCUUAACUACUCCAGUAUUUUCAAGGAGUGUUAUCGACUCUCUGAGGAAGUCAAAUGAGACGUUAGCUCAAGAUAAAUCAAAGCUUCAAAGCCAAGUUAAGAGUUUGAAGCAGAAAUGUGAUAUUCAAGGUACUGAAAUUCAAAAUUGGCAAAAACUUGCGACGGAAGCAGCUUCAUUAGUUGAAGAAGAGUCCUCCAAGUGCAAAGUAGCAAAGAAAUUAGUUACAACCAUAACAGACCAGUUGAAGGAAAUGAAAGAGAAGCUGCCACCUGAGAUUUCCGAUGGUGAAAAUUUUAAAGCCAUGUAUGCCCAAGCUGAAGCUUUCUUAAAUAUGGUUGAGACAUCGAAAACGUCUACGAGUCAUGGAAAAGCUAACAUUGUAACUAUGCUCAAUAAUGGAUCUACUCCCUCACUUGAUGAUUCUUCAAAGAGGAUAGAAGACCACUUGGAUGCUUUGGGAAUGAAGGCCUUAACGCAGGACAAUGUAAAUAGUCUCCUGGAAAGUAAGAAAAUUUCUGCUAGUACAGGGGAGGAAGUUUCUGAGAGUACAGAAAAUGGCUCGAUAUCUCCAGUAGCUUCAACACCACCAACUGAAGGCGAACAGCAAUUUACCGAGCAGUUUGAACCUGGUAUUUACGUAACUUUGGUUGUACUUUCAAAUGGUACCAAGAUUUUCAAACGCGUUAAAUUCAGCAAGAGGAGGUUUGAUGGGCAGCAAGCAGAAGAUUGGUGGAAUAAAAACAAAGAUAGGCUCCUUAAGAGAUACAACCCAUCAACGAGCAGCUCCACGCCAACGGGUUCACCUAAAACUCGAGAAUCUACCGAGGAAAGCGAAAGCAGCACUGAAGAAAUCCAAAGGACUUUAGAAUAGCCAGCAUGAUGAGGUUUGUAAUAGAUCUUGAUGAAUCGGUAGAAUUAAUUUUUAGCAACAGAAGCAAGGAGAGAAGAUUCAAGUCCAGAAGAAGGCAAGGAUGAACGUGAAUUCCAUGGAAGGUUUGUUAAUUCAUUUCGUUUUUGGAUGCACCACCACAUUCUUUUCAGUUUCUGAUGCUUUUAUUAGAAUAGAGUUAUUAUAAUAGCUUUUUAAGUUCACUGUACUGUUGUAGAAUGGAAUGCAUAUGGAACUUGGAAAUGCCAUCCUUAAGGUAUGGAGUGCGAACAUGUAUUCCUUCUCAUUCUGCAUUGAUUUUAUUCUUCUUUC